AUGUAUCAACGAAAAAUUCUACUUGUGGCCACUUCGACCACUUUAAUAAAAUCCAAACAUACAUCUCAUCGUUACUAUAAUUCUACAUUCUUUCAAUCAAAAUUUUGGAUUCAUAAUUCUUUGAUCAAUUCUGGAUCAAAAUUUUCAUAUUCAUUCAACUACAAGCGCAACAUUUCAACUAUUCAUGAUUUUAAGAAUAUAUCUAAAACCUUUGUUUAUCAAUCUUCGAAUCCUUCUUCACAUCCCAGCGUGCCACCUUUAAAUUCCGAUGAUUCCACAUCUCAAUUAUCUUCCGCCCUUCCUGAUAUCAAUCAAAACCAAAACAAUGAUUUUAAUAAUAAACCUUCUUUAGUAAUAAUAAUUGGUUGGUGGAAUUGCAAGUUGAGCAAUUUACGUAAAUAUAUUUCAUUAUACACUGACAAAUUUCAUAUAGACACAUUAUCUCAUAUACCUCCAUUUUACCAUCUUUUCUUUCCUUGGAUUAUUCCUAAUGCUGUUACCUGUCUUGCCAAAGAAUUAAUUGGUGUUUGGAUUGAACGUGGUAGACCUGAUAAUAUCGGUUUUCAUGUUUUUAGUGAUAAUGGUACUUACCAUUAUGCUAUGUUAUGUGAGGCUAUUAGAUAUUUAGCAAAUGUUAAUUCUGACAAGCUUUUCUCAAAAAAAAAUGUACCAUCUAUAUCAAGAGCUGAUGCCGAACUAUUUUUAGAUUCUAUAAAAUCUUGUGUGAUAGAUUCUGCUCCAUCUCCAAUUAAUGAAAAAUAUGUUGCUUUAGGUAUUAUGGGUGGCUUUUUAGAUAAAACUACUUCACUAAAAUCAAAAAUUGCUGCCGUUGAUUCCUCACAUGAAAAUAAUACUAUUCAAAAAAUAGAACCACCGCCUAUUUUAAUCAAUUUUUUAUCAAUAUUUUUUACCCUAUCCGUCAUAAAAAGAUACCAAACAUUUGCUCAUAAAGCUCUAGAUGACAUUCCUGGUGGAACUUUUGAUGGCAGAAAUGUUAAUUAUUUAUUUUUAUAUGGUCCUGGUGAUCAAAUUGUUCCUGAAGAGGACAUCAUUGAGUUUAUAAAUAGAUUGAAAAAUAGAAGUGGUGCUUACAUUGGAGAAAAAUCGGGUACUUUAAAAAUUGUUGAAAAAAGAUUCUAUCCUGAUAGUAUGCAUGUACAACAUUUCUUGAAAUAUCCCAAUGAAUACAUUAAUGCUUUAAAAUUAUUUUAUUCCAUAAAAUAA